GUGGAGGCGUGGACGGUGGCGCUGCGAGCGGCUUGUUGUGCGCGCUGCGGAGCCGUUAGCCUCCCGCUGCACGGGCCCUGCCGAGCCGGCCGCAGGUGUACUAUAACAUGUCUAAUGGUUAUGAAGAUCACAUGGCUGAAGAUUGCAGGGAUGAUAUUGGUAGAACAAAUUUAAUUGUGAACUACCUCCCUCAGAACAUGACACAGGAUGAGCUGCGGAGUCUCUUUAGCAGUAUCGGCGAAGUUGAGUCUGCAAAGCUCAUCCGCGACAAAGUUGCAGGACACAGCUUAGGCUAUGGCUUUGUGAACUACGUCACUGCAAAGGAUGCUGAGAGAGCAAUAAACACAUUGAAUGGCCUCAGACUGCAGUCAAAAACUAUCAAGGUCUCCUAUGCUCGCCCAAGCUCUGAAGUUAUCAAGGAUGCUAAUUUAUAUAUCAGUGGGCUGCCAAGGUCCAUGACACAGAAGGAUGUAGAAGAUAUGUUCUCACGCUUUGGACGCAUCAUCAACUCGCGUGUGCUGGUGGAUCAAACCACAGGUUUGUCCAGAGGGGUCGCAUUUAUCCGGUUUGACAAAAGGUCAGAAGCAGAAGAGGCAAUUACAAAUUUCAAUGGUCACAAACCCCCAGGUUCCUCCGAACCCAUUACAGUGAAGUUUGCAGCCAAUCCUAACCAGAACAAAAAUGUGGCCCUGCUGUCCCAGCUGUGUCACUCACCAGCUAGACGGUUCGGAGGGCCGGUGCACCACCAGGCGCAGAGAUUCAGGUCAGCAGAGAAUCAGGAACUGCCACCGCCAUGUUCUUGGCAGAGAGCAGCACGUGUACCACCUUUAAGUGGUUUGCAUAUCACCAGUGGUACACCACAGUUUGGGAACCCCUGGUUCUCUCCCAUGGGUGUAGAUCACAUGAGUGGGCUUUCUGGUGUAAAUGUUCCAGGAAACGCAUCUUCUGGCUGGUGUAUCUUCAUCUACAACCUUGGGCAAGAUGCUGAUGAGGGAAUCCUCUGGCAGAUGUUUGGCCCCUUUGGCGCGGUUACCAAUGUGAAAGUCAUUCGAGAUUUCAACACCAACAAGUGCAAAGGUUUUGGUUUUGUGACCAUGACAAACUAUGAAGAAGCUGCAAUGGCCAUAGCAAGUCUUAAUGGCUACCGCCUGGGGGACAAAAUCUUACAGGUUUCCUUCAAAACCAACAAGUCCCACAAAUAACUUGCUCGUGCUCUCUCUUUUCUUUUUUGU